AUGUUUUUUCUAGUCCUUGCCUGUCUUGGUUUCUCUUGGGUGGUUGUCCACUUUGCAAUCAAUACUACACCAGCCACUGGGGUAUGCCGCGUUGCGCCGAGAGUCAAGCUCGGACAAUGGUAUUAUACAGAAACGAUUGGUAAGAAGCAGUUUCGAGCACAGAUAGAUGCCUGCUCUUCAUACACUUCCAUCUUCAGUUAUCUCGAUUUGAACGAGUCUCCAUGCUCACAUUCAUAUGUCCCGAAGCUCGAUGCAACCUAUGUGUCAACGACUACCUCGCACGUUCACGACACAGAACAGAAACCUGCUACGGCUGGCAAACCCGAAGCGGCGAUUCGAUGGCCCCGAGACGCGGGAUGGUCACAUGAGCCGAACAUCCUUCAAGCCACCACCGCCAGUCCCUCUCCCCGGAACUUACGCCUAACCGCCCCCCUCCCCAAAAUCCGCAUCCGAUGGUCCUUCCGAGAGAAGAGGCAAAUCCCUUUCCCGGAGGUAUAG